AUGUACACACAAGUCGAAGUUGAUCAGUUGCUACGUAAAUUUUGGGAGAUUGAUGAAUAUUCACCAAACGUGAAGCCUCUGUCAAAACUUGAAAUACAGUGUGAAGAGCAUUUUAAGAAAACUCACACUCGAAAAAACACUGACGGUCGAUAUGAGGUUCGCCUACCUUUCAAGGACGAAGACGCUCCAAAUUUAGGCAACUCCAGACAACUUGCUUUGAAACGCUUACAUCAGAUGGAGAAUAAGUUUAAGCGAAGACCCGAGUUUCACGAAGAAUACAGCAAGUUUAUGAGACAAUAUAAGUCACUCGGUCACAUGGAGGUCGUCCCUGAAACAGAGAAGAUGAAUAGAGCUUAUUACCUACCACAUCAUGCUGUUCUUCGUGCCUCGAGCCUCACUACAAAGUUGCGCGUAGUUUUUGACGGAAGCGCUAAGCCUGUAGACGGAAACUCACUUAACGAUGAGCUACUCAUCGGCCCACCGCUGCAACAAGAUAUACGAGAUUUAGUAACACGAUGGAGACAACAUAAGUACUGCCUAGUAGCUGAUAUACAACACAUGUACCGACAAAUACUUAUUUCAAAGCAAGACACUGAUUACCAGAGAAUCUUGUGGCGCGAAUCAUCGGAAGACACGAUUAGAGAAUAUCGGUUACUUACCGUCACAUAUGGCAGUUCAUGUGCUCCAUAUCUUGCUAUAAGGACACUUCAUCAACUUGCAGAGGACGAACGUGGAGAGUUUCCUGAAGCUGAACUUCUAAAAACUGAUCUUUAUAUGGACGAUUUGAUGACGGGCUCAUCUACAGAAGAAGACACUCAACGGCUUCAACGUCGCUUAACUGAACUGUUUAAACGUGGCGGUUUUCUUCUACACAAGUGGUCGUCUAAUAGUGAAACGGUUUUAAAUGAGAUUAGCACGAAAAAGUGA